AUGUGCUGGAUUCAAGGCGUCAUGGUCUUUGAGACCUGCGGCCACGAGCUUGUCGAUGUCCUCGAGAGUGAUGUCAAGUACUGCCCCUGGGCCUCUGCUAAGCGCAUGGCUUGCCCCGAGUCCAUGUGUGAGAACGAGGAGAGCUCGCUUCGAAAAGUUCCUAACCUCUGCGAGAGCUGCAUUGCACAAAAGGCAAAGAAGGACAACAAGUUGAGCAGUAAACUGGGCAGCAAGCUCGGCCUGAGGAGGCUAUCGGCCUCGACCCUGUGCAGGGUAGGCAUCCUGCUCCUGACGCUUGAACAACGGAGACAAAACUGGAAUCGUACCAGGUGCCAGAACACCGGAAUCAACGUGACACCAGUGCACACGAAAGAAAUGGAGUCUCUAGAGCAGAUGCAGGCGCGGCAUCGCAAGGAGCUCAAGGAUCUACAGGGGCGCAUCACCAACAAGAAAAAGAACGCGACAAAAAAGACGCGCAAGGGCGUCAAUGACGAGUGUGCAGAACUCGAACGCCAACUGAAAGAGCGACACGAAUCUGAAACGAAGCAACUAGAUGGAACUGCAGGGGAAGAGGAAGCAGAGAAAUCCGAGGAUGAGCCAGCAGUCGAUGACACGAGGCAAAAUGGCGAAAGCGGAGCGCCAUCAAACGAAAAGGAAUCUGCAGAUGUGAACGAGACACAACCGCAGCAACAGCAGCAGCAGCAAGCGGGGAAGAAACGCAACCGGCAAAAGGAGCGCUUGGCGAGACGUGCUGCCGAGCAAGAGGCUGCUGCCGAGGCGGCCGCCGCUGAGGCGUCCAACAUGGUGGACCACCGAUCCAACGAGGCGGCACACAUGGCGCGGGAGCUGGUUACCCACUCUCUGGUAGAAAAGGAGAUCGCUCCUGAUGGCCACUGUUUGUUUUCUGCCUUUGCGGACCAGCUCUCGACGCUCUCCAUCCCGCUACAGCAGGCAUCCGGAGCCGUCGAUGACAGUAUACCUCCCUACAGGAUCGUGCGGCGGGCGGCCUCGUCAUACAUUUCCAACCAUGCCGACGACUUUGCCCCGUUCUUGGAAGAGCCACUGGACGACUAUGUGCGCAAGAUGCGCGAUACGGCAGAGUGGGGUGGGCACAUGGAGCUGCUUGCGCUGGCGAGCACAUAUAACGUUGAGAUACGUGUUAUUGCUGACGGUCGUACUGCCGUUGUGCAGCCAAAAGAGCCGAAGGAGGGUGAAACCGCCAGGCAGGUGUGGCUGGCCUACUACAGGCAUGGUUUUGGACUUGGGGAGCACUACAACUCGCUGAGGAAGAAGACUUGA